CCACAACAACAAUAAUCUCACUUGCAUCCAAUGAACAACAGCCACUUCGCCAAAGGAAACAGUAAACAAAACAAAGCCCAAAUAAUGAAACAGUCGCUAUUUUCACACGCACACCGAAACAAGGAAAGAAGCUUCGUCUGUAUAGUACCUUCGCAACUAGAGUGUCCAAGAAGCAUAUCCCUAUUGAUACAAACACACAGUGAAACCCAUAUCAAUUGUUGGGUUUGUUACAGAAACGCUCAAUCUUCAGCUCAUGCAUUACACCAUCUGGUACCAAACCAGUUGAGUUGUUGGUUGUGAAGAUUUGAUAAGUUAUCCCUACAAAGGUCCUGACAUUCUUUUUUUAAAAUGAUUGUUUCUGCCCUUAUAACAUCUGUUGGAAUAAAUUUUGGCCUUUGUGUUAUGUUUUUCAUAUUGUAUUCUGUUUUGAGGAGACAACCAAGUAAUUUUGAUGUUUAUGCACCACGCUUGCUUGCUGAUGGGAAGUCACAGCAAAGAAAUAGUUUUAACCUUGAAAGGCUAUUGCCAAAUCCUGGUUGGGUGAGGUCGGCAUGGCGACCUUCCGAAGAGGAACUACUUUCAUCUUCAGGCUUGGAUGCUGUGGUAUUCAUGCGCCUUAUCAUCUUCAGCUUGAGAGUAUUUUGUGUUGCUGGGAUUAUUGGAGUGUUUGUUCUUCUUCCUGUCAACUGCUCGGGGAACCAGCUUCAGGAAUUUGACUUUUCUAAUUUGACAAAUGAUUCUUUGGACGUAUUUAGCAUUUCAAAUGUAAACAAUGGCUCAAAAAGGUUAUGGAUACACUUCUGUGCUGUAUAUAUCGUCACUAUCUUUGUUUGUUAUCUUCUUUAUUAUGAAUACAAUUACAUAUCUGCUAAGAGGAUGGCUUAUUUCUAUUCAUCCAAACCUCAGCCCCAUCAGUUCACCACUUUAGUUCGUAGUAUCCCUGUUUCUACUGGGAGCAGUGUCAGCAACAGUGUUGAGAGCUUUUUCACGGAAUAUCAUCCUUCUACAUAUUUAUCCCAUGUGGUGGUUCGUCGAACAAACAAACUUCGAGAUCUUAUUAAUGAUGCAAAGAAAUCGUAUAGAAGGCUCGUCCGGUUACAAACAGAACCAACUCUACCGCAGUUUAAGCACAAUGGCUGUUGUGGACUGUCUAAACGCAAGAUUGAUCUUGUAGAGCACUAUGAAAAGAAGUUAGAAGAUUUAGAGGAGAAUGUGAGAUUGGAGCAAUCGGAGGUUUCAUUUGCAGGGGAAGAAGUCCGAGCUGCCUUUGUGUCCUUCAAGUCUCGGUAUGGCGCUUCAAUUGCUACCCACAUACCACAAUCCAUCAACCCCACACACUGGAUUAUGGAGGAAGUUCCUGAGCCAAAGGAUGUUUACUGGCCUUUCUUUUCUUCAUCAUUUAUGCAAAGAUGGAUUUCAAAGCUGGUUGUUAUAGUUGCAUGCGUACUUCUUACGAUUUUGUUCCUUAUUCCUGUUUUUAUCGUGCAAGGUCUUACUAACCUGUCUCAGUUGGAAGUUUGGUUCCCGUCCCUGAAAAGCCUCCUGACUAUAACAUUCUUCAGUCAAGUAAUUACCGGAUAUCUUCCCAGCCUCAUUCUUAUGUUGUUUCUGAAAGCGGUGCCUCCCAUCAUGAAGUUCUUAUCUUCCAUUCAAGGAUGCAUCUCUAAUAGCGGGAUUGAGAAAAGUGCAUGUAAUAAAGUACUUUGGUUCACAAUAUGGAAUGUAUAUUUUGCAAAUGUACUUUCCGGGACCGUUUUAACUCAAAUAUCCAUCUUUCUUGACCCCAAGAAUGUUCCUUCAAAGCUAGCUGUUGCUGUUCCAGCACAGGCAUCCUUCUUCAUUGCUUAUGUUGUCACUUCUGGAUGGACGAGUACCUCAUCAGAACUCUUUCGCAUAAUCCCUUUUAUUUGGAGUCUAAUAAGUAAACCUUUCACUGGAAGUAAAGAUGAGGAAUUUGAAGUUCCAUCUCUUCCUUACCACAGGGACAUUCCAAGGCUUCUUUUCUUUGGACUUCUUGGUAUAACAUAUUUCUUUCUGGCUCCUCUAAUUCUACCCUUUCUCUUGGUCUACUUUUGUCUUGCAUACAUCAUUUAUCGUAAUCAGUUCAUCAAUGUAUAUGCACCCAUGUAUGAAACUGGUGGGAAGUUUUGGCCAAUUAUCCAUAAUUCAAUGAUAUUCUCUCUGGUACUGAUGCAUGCUAUCGCAGUGGGAAUCUUUACACUGAAGAAGCUCUCUCUAGCAUCAACCUUAAUUUUUCCUCUUCCAAUUUUCACUCUUCUCUUUAACGAGUACUGUCGGAAACGCUUUCUACCCAUUUUUAUUACCUACUCUGCUGAGAGUUUGAUUAAGAAGGACAGACAAGACUGCAAUGAUGUUACAAUGACUGAAUUUUAUGAUAAGCUGGUGACCGCCUAUCAAGAUCCAGCUUUGGUGCCAAUCCACUACUCCAAGAACUCCGACGGCCGUAGCUCUCCCCUUCUAUCUUCUGCUGAAGUUUGAAGCUAAAAUAUGUCAUUAUUUACCAUGUUGAGGUCACCCGUAAUGCCAGUUUUCAUACAGCCGUUUUCAUGCUAGAUUGUCAGUCUUGCCUUCAGGGAACAAAAUUUCUGUUCAAAAGUACUAUUUCUGGGCAAAUUUGCUUGUAAAAACCAUGGAAUCUUGUUCAUGUAUGUUCAGGACCUCACAAGUUUAUAAAAGUGUAGUCUUAUAGGUCAGAGGGACGAAGUUUCAAGUGUUGGUGAUUGCUGCAAUGAUGUUUUUUCUUUCAUUCCCUCCUCCCAAACAAGAGAAAAUAACAAUGAUGGGGAUAAAGAUGAUGAGCAAAACUUAUCAAAUAAUUUAUUUAUUUAUUUUUUA